CAUAGCCGAAGCUCUAUAUUAUCUGAUAAACGCUUAACCGAGGAAGAUUUAUAAAUAUAAUAAAGGAUUAAUUUUGCAAUUGUUGUUAUAUUUUUGGAAUAUUGAAGGCUUUAAGAGUGCCCGGGAAUGCCGACAACUCCAGAAAAACUCACAAAAUAUGAAAAGAUUGAGGCGUUCGUUAAGGGGUUCAAACUGUCGUCCCUCACAUACCGGCGGGUAAUGCACCUGUUGAACGAGGAAAUGAACAAUGGACUCCAUGCCAAUUCAAACUAUCUUGCCGACAUUAAAAUGUUCCCGACAUUUGUUCGCUCUUUACCGGACGGGACAGAGAAGGGAAAAUUUCUGGCAUUAGACUUGGGGGGAACGAACUUCCGUGUUUUAUUGGUUGUUAUAAACGAGCGAGAUGUAGAUAUUCAAAGUCAAACCUACCUCAUACCACAAAGAAUUAUGCUUGGUACUGGUGUACAGUUGUUCGAUCACAUAGCAGACUGUAUUAACAGAUUUAUUCACGAUCACAGUUUAAAGAACGAAAAACUACCAUUAGGGUUCACAUUCUCAUUUCCGUGUAAACAGGAAGGUCUGGCGAAAGCGAGGCUUUCAAAAUGGACGAAAGGAUUCCGAUGUGAAGGCGUAGUGAACGAGGACAUUUGUUUCCUUCUGCACGAAGCCAUGAAACGAAAAAAUACAUCAACGGUUCAAGUUGAGGUUGUGGCUAUAGUAAACGACGCCGUCGGGACGUUGAUGUCGGCGGCACAUAAUGACAGGCAUUGUGAAAUAGGACUUAUUUUAGGCACUGGUUGCAAUGCAUGUUACAUGGAAUCUCUACACAACGUGGGAUUAUGGGAAGGUGAUUAUGACCACCCAGAACAGGUAUUAAUCAACACGGAAUGGGGAGCGUUUGGUGACAAUGGUUGUUUAGAUUUUAUACGUACAGAAUACGACCGUGAACUGGACACAUACUCCAUAAAUCCAGGAAAACAAAUUUAUGAAAAGAUGAUAUCUGGUAUGUACAUGGGAGAGAUAGUCCGAUUAGCAUUAGAGCGGCUCUCUAUGGAAGGAUUGUUGUUUGAAAGUGCCGACCAAGAAUGUGAAUUGUUUCACAGAGGCAGAUUUUUCACUAAAUAUGUGUCAGAAAUUGAAAGUGAUCAUGACGAAUUCUUCAGAAACACAAAACAAGUGCUAGAUGAGAUUGGUGUCACAAAUUACACUUCAGAAGACUGUAAAAUUGUCAAGUAUAUUUGCACAUUGGUGUCUGCGCGCGCAGCUUUCUUGUCGUCUGCCGGUUUGGCGACGCUCAUCAAUCGUUUGAAUAAACCGGAAAUGACGAUUGCUGUUGACGGGUCACUCUACAGAUUCCAUCCAAGAUUUCAUAACUUAAUGACACUAAAGAUACAAGAGCUUGUGAAAAAGGGAUUGCGGUUCAAGUUACAAUUGUCGCAUGACGGAAGUGGAAAGGGGGCUGCCUUAGUUGCUGCUGUAGCAAUGAGAUUAAGAGACAUUAAACAAAAUCAGUGUCCUGCUUGAAAAAAUACUCUUCAAUAUGGCGCCACUUCCGGUCGCAACUGCAUUAAUACCACGUGGGA